UGUCAACAGCUGUUUGCUUCCGCUACUUGCACAACAAUUUUUUUUUACUAUUUUCCUCUUAAAUUGUUUCUCUGUAAUUUUAUGAGAUAAAAUGCGUCUAACCAAUGUACUAUUCAAGAAGGUGAAGAGCAAGCGCAUCAUGGUGGUGCUGGAAAGCGUGGUCAGUGGACAUCAGUUUAAUGCAUUCCGCGAGCGUUUGGCUGAUAAACUGGAGGUGAUACGCUUCGAUCCAUAUAUUCAAAAGGAGAGCCUAUACCGAGAACGGAAAAGGAUACGUAGCGCUUAGACACAAAAUCAGAGACCAAAUAAAGUUAUUGUUUAAACCAGAA